AUGACCAAUAAGCAGUUGAUGCUAGUGGCGCUUGAAUUCCAUGUCUGCGAGCUGUCUCAACUUGAAGCGAACAGGAAAUCCUCCAUAAGGAAGCACUGGCAGCACCAGCCAUUUGGAAAUUUGAAAAUUUCCGUUAGCGAGCGCCGGGCCUCUCGCGCAAACGUAAAAACAGUCCAAGUCACCCCGAGUCAACCCGUGUACGCACCCAACUAUUCGCACCGCACCCCCAAGUCAUUACUGAAUACAAGACCAGGCGAGACCUCUCCACAGCACCGCAUUGCAAAAAUGGCCAUCCCAAUUGGCGACCAAACUAAACAUCCAGAGCUUCUUACUCGCUCCGAGCCCAAGCGCGGGGAAACAGCCUCCGCCUCCGCCGCACGCCCCGCAGAUCCCCACCCAAGGCCCGCACCCGCACCCUUACCCCAGCCUAGCCACCCCAGCACACGCAUGCCCCGAACCUCGACCAACGCCCCACACUGGCAGUACACGUCCCCAGAGCGCCAGGACGAGCGCACCGGGAGAGGGUACUUCCACUAG